AAAUCCAGCAGCGCAUAAACCCUAAACGAAGAUAGAAGAAGAAGACGACGAAGCGGCGAUCGAUUCAUUUACGAUGGCGUUGAGGAAGAUCAUCAACAUUCCUUUCAACCGAACAUCGAUAUCUUCAACUUGGCAAUCGCUUUCUGGGUUUUCAAAUUUCUCAUCAAUGUCAUCUCCUUACGUAGUAAAGGUUGGAAUACCAGAGUUUUUGAAUGGAGUAGGUAAAGGGGUAGAAACCCAUGUUCAGAAACUUGAAACUGAAAUUGGUGAUAUGCAGAAACUGCUGAUUACUCGCACUCUCAAGCUUAAAAAACUUGGCAUCCCUUGCAAACAUAGGAAGCUUAUACUGAAAUUUGCUCACAAGUAUCGGUUAGGACUGUGGAGGCCUCGAGCUCAAAUUGUCAAGACUUGAAUUCAAUAUCUUUUGGUUUGGUUUGGUUUCUUCUCAUUGGAUAAUCUUCUUGAAUUAUAAGCCAAGUAUGAUCUAGAACUGCUAAACUAAAUUCAGUGAACCAAUGAGUAUUUUAUGGUUUGUUAUUUUGGGUAAUCUUUGCAACUUUGAGUGGAUCAUAUGGUUGGAGAAGAAGAUGAGUAUAUCAAUUGUACAACUUCUACUUCAGAUUAAUUUUUUUGUUUAUGCAAAAUAGAUUUCAGUUGCUACAAUGAUACGAUCAAUAUAUCAUAUCUUGAUUGUUUUUCAUACUCAGAA